UCCAUUUUCAUAAUCAUAAAAUUCUAUUAUUCUUAUACAACCCACGUGUAUCACGGAAAGUAAGCUAGUAGUAUUAGAAUACCGCGCGAAUCUCUUGCCGGGAAAACAACACGCCACCGUCACACCACCACCUGAAUCCAAUUUCAUUUCAUAUUUUCCGACCAAACCCUCCCUCAUUUAUAAAUCCUAAAACUAAAAUUAAAUUUAUUUAUUUUUACAUCCAAUGACCGAUUAAAUCGCUACAUGAUCACAUUAAUGGCAAGGAAUCGUUGGAUUUCUUUUAGGGUUUGCAUUAUUAUUAUUCUAUUUUGUUUUCCAGAAAUUCUACUGUCAGCAGUUGUUACACUUGAGUCUCUUGAAAUUUAUACAACCCAUGAGUGGAUUGCAUCAACUCCCACAGUUUACUUUCUAUGCGGUGGGGAGAAUAAGACGGUUCUGCCUGAUGUGAAGAAGAUCUAUACUGUAUAUAAUUUCAAGGGUGAAGAAUCUUUUCAGCCUCUUACAGAAUUUAAAACUAUAAAGUGCAAGCGGUGUGGGUUUUACGAGGAGGAUCGUCUUAAGUCCGAUGAUGUGUUUGAUGAGUGGGAGUUCUGUCCCUCUGAUUUUAAAAUCUCUGAUGGUCGAUAUGUUCGCACCAAAGACAAGGAAUUUAAUGCCACGUUCUUGUGUCAUGACUGCAUGAAAAAAGACUUGGGCUCAGAUAAUGUCUCACCUGAUAAUAAUGGAGAUGGAAUGCAAUGGUCCAUAAUAAUCAUUGGUAUAAGUGUCGUGAUUUCAACUAUACUAUUUAUCAUGGGAUUAUUUGUUGCAUACAAAUAUUGGCAAAAGAGAAAAAGGCAGCAAGAUCAGGCUCGGUUUUUGAAACUGUUUGAAGAUACUGAUGACAUAGAAGACGAGUUAGGUAUCGGUCCUCUUAGUGACUCAAUUUAACGAGUAUUUUCCUGGUUCUCCAUUUUUUCGUAUAUAUGAAAGCAGUUGAGCGUCUUUAUAAGGGUGAUCUUAUGGUGUGAUAUGGUAACCAUGUUUUCUUUUGGAUGUUGACUAGCAUUCAGUGAUAUGAGAUGUAAACAAAGCUUCGAGGUUUUUUAACCUUAUAGUGGAUUCGAGAUUUUUUUUAUAUAAAAAUUUGCAUCAAUUCAUUUUCC